AUGGGUCGUUCUUCUUCUUCCAUGGUUUUUGUGGGUUCUUUGGAUAAAGAAUUAUCCAAAAGCACCGUGGGUUUUUCCGGGAUUCCAAUCGGUUUCGCAUUCCAUCCUUUUGACCGUAAUCUUGUCACCCAUUAUCUCUACAAGAAGAUUUGGGAUGCCUUUGGAGGGAUUGACAACGAGGACUUGCUCUUCUUUACCAAUCUCCGGAAGAUUAGCCCAACUACAUCUCUAACUCAUCGCCAAGUUGGAGGAGUGGGUGGCUCGGAAUUCGAUGGCUUGUCAAGAUAUUCACCUACGAGAAUCCCAAAUCCAAGGCUCGGAAUGGUGCUUGGAUGA